GUUUCCACACACGACCCCGUCGGGGAGCAGAUAUGGUGAAAAGUUACCGUUAGAGCUUCUCUCUCGCGCGUGUUAGUAAAUACACCAUAAAAAGGAGGCCACGAGGUGCUCGUCGAAUUGCCCAUGAAAGUCUCUUCUCACUCGCCAAUCGCCAUGCUACUUCGGCUUCAAGAAACCGUGCUCCAAAUCCAAUCGCCACCUCUGUUAUUAUCCACACAUUAUGGGGCGAGGAGACGAGGGGUCGCACCCAAGAAGCCCUCGUUCACUCGGUUUCCUAGAGCCUCUGCGGUCACUUCUAGAACCCAAAGCAUAAUGGAAAGAAUUUCUGGGAGUGAUGAAGUUGGUGGUGCAGGAGGGGCUUACUCAUACAAUGCUUUGAAAAGAUUGGAUCAGCUGUGGUCUAGUAUUUGUUCUGCUCCAAUAGGUUCAAAUUCAGAGAAAAUUCUUGAAGUUGUUUCUAGAGUUCCUGGUUCAUCUCUCCAGUCGGAUCUGCGGGACAAUGCUAGAAGAGUCUUUGACGUAAUAGUUUGCGGUGGCACUUUGGGUGUUUUUGUUGCUACAGCUCUCAGUUCCAAAGGUCUUCAUGUUGGAAUUGUCGAAAGAAACAUCCUUAAAGGGAGAGAACAAGAAUGGAAUAUUUCAAGAAAAGAGCUAAUGGAACUUGUCAAACUUGGUCUUCUUUCUGAAGAAGAAAUUGAACAGAUUACUGCAAUUAAGUUCAAUCCUAAUAGGUGUGGGUUUGAGAAGAAAGGUGACAUUUGGGUGGAGGACAUUCUUAAUCUUGGAGUUUCGCCAGUGAAACUUUUGGAGAUUAUGAAGAAGCGUUUUAUUUCCUUAGGUGGGAUUAUAUUCGAAGGCAAAAGUUUGUCUAGUAUAUGCAUUUAUGAUGAUGUUGCGAUUCUUCAACUGAAUGAUGGUGAGGCUCUGUCUUGUCGCCUAGUUAUUGAUUCUAUGGGAAAUUUCUCUCCAGUUGUGAGGCAGAUACGCCGUGCUAGAAAACCAGAUGGAGUAUGCCUUGUUGUUGGCUCUUGUGCUCGUGGUUUUUGUAAUAAUACGACAAGUGAUGUCAUUUUUAGCAGCUCAUCUGUGAAGAAAGCUGGAAAUUCAGUUGCACAGUACUUUUGGGAGGCAUUUCCUGCUGGUUCUGGUCCCACUGAUCGCACCACUUAUAUGUUCACUUAUGUUGAUGCACAACCUGGGGCUCUGAAGUUGGAAGAGCUUUUAGAGGAAUAUUGGGAUCUUAUGCCAGCUUAUCAGGGCAUAUCUCUUGACCAAUUGGAAAUUCUUAGAGUCAUCUUCGGCAUUUUUCCUACUUAUCGUGAUAGCCCCUUGUCAGCAGCAUUUGAUCGUGUUUUACAGGUUGGUGAUGCUAGUGGAAUCCAGUCACCAGUUUCUUUUGGAGGUUUUGGGAGCAUCAUGCGACAUUUAAGCCGGCUUUCAACUGGUAUAUAUGAAGCAAUGGCGGGAGAUCUCUUAGAUUCACAUAGUUUGCGGUUGCUAAAUCCUUACUUGCCAAAUUUAAGUGCAUCAUGGUUGUUUCAGAGGGCAAUGUCGGCAAGGCCACGUGUUGAUGUUUCACCAAAUUUUAUUAAUGAGCUUCUUUAUGUGAAUUUUCAAUCCAUGCAGAAGCUUGGGGAUUCAGUUCUUCGGCCAUUUCUCCAGGAUGUAAUACAGUUUGGUCCUCUGGUAAAAACUUUGGGUUCUGUUAUGCUAUCCCAGCCCCUGAUCAUACCCUCAAUAUUUAAGCAGGUUGGAACUGAUGUGAUCCUUGACUGGUCGGUUCAUUUUAUGAUGCUUGGCUAUUACACGUUUCUAUCCAGUUUUAUUGAUCCUAUCAUUAGGUCAUGGGUUGAAUCCCUACCACCAAAGAAGAAAUAUGAGUGGAGACGGCAGUUGGAAGCAUGGAAGUAUGGAGCAGGUUUAGAUUAUAAUCAAACGGAGUAAAUGGCUCGGAAAGAGAACUCCAGAUCUAAGGUGAGAAGAAGAUGCGAUCGAGGUGGAGAAAUAAUCAUCGCAUCUAUAUACGUCAUGUAAUAGAAGCACGUUUCUUUCGAAGAUGGAGACCGAUUAUAAUUUCCUUCCUAUAAUGCUCUUUCACAAGGUGCACGUCGAAUUUUGGUAUUUAUUAGGAUAUUAUAGCCAUUGUGACCAUGUGUCCCUAAGUACCAAUCUUUUGUUCUUUUAUAUUUUGUUCUUUUUUCAGAGAAGCAUGACAAACUAUACUAUACUGAUCCUGGAUCAUUUUUCAGAAAUGAAUUCAGUUAAAAUUAUAAAAAA